ACAUAAUAUCUUAACAAAAGUCUGGGAGAAGAUCGCAUCCCAGAAGAUUGAAGGCAAGGCGUUGCCCGAUUCAGCGGCUUCGUUGCCACAGGUUUAAGUUUGACAGCCUAUAUAUUUCCUGCAGCAUCUGCGCCAGAUGUUUCCACUGUCCCCAACCAAUGACAGCUUGCUAGCUGCUCCCACAAAGCGCUACUGGAAAACGAGGAGGCGGGGAGAGGAAUGCAGAGAAGGGAUGCUUGUUAUGGCUGUCAAACCCUUAGCGAUUAGAAGAAAAACAUUUUAAAUGUGCAAUUGACGGCUAUUGGGUUCAACAUGGACGCUUCUUUUGUGGUCGUAUGGCUGUCUGUGGUGGUCACCAUCUUGUCCAGGUCUCAUGGCGACCGCAACGUCUACCCGUCUGCUGGCGUGCUGUUCGUCCACGUGCUGGAGAGAGAGUACUUCAAAGGAGAGUUCCCCCCCUACCCCAAACCAGGUGACUCUAGUAACGACCCCAUCACCUUCAACACCAACCUGAUGGGCUACCCAGACCGGCCAGGCUGGCUGCGCUACAUCCAGAGAACGUCCCACAGCGACGGAGUUCUCUACGGCUCGCCCGCGGCCGAGCACGUCGGCAAGCCCACCGUCAUAGAGAUCACGGCCUACAACAGACGCACGUUUGAGACGGCCCGCCACAACCUGGUCAUCAACAUCAUGUCCACCGAAGAGUUUCCCCUCCCCUACCAGGUGGAGUUCUACAUCAGGAACAUGAAUGUGGAGGAGAUGCUGGCCAGCGAGGUGCUGGGGGACUUCCUGGGUGCCGUGAAGAACGUGUGGCAGCCAGAACGCCUCAACGCCAUCAACAUCACGUCUGCCCUGGACCGCGGGGGGCGGGUCCCCCUGCCCAUCAACAACCUCAAGGAGGGGGUGUACGUGAUGGUGGGGGCAGACGUGCAGUUCUCCUCCUGCCUGAGAGAGGUGGAGAGCCCACACAACCAGCUCCGCUGCAGCCAGGAGAUGGAGCCGGUCAUCAGCUGUGACAAGAAGUUCAGGGCUCAGUUCCACAUCGAUUGGUGCAAGAUCUCCCUGGUGGACAUCACCAAGGUGGUCACCAUCUACAGCAACCGGCCAGACCCCGGCUUUGGGGUGUUGCCAGAUGUGGGCGAGUAUAACCCCCCUUCGGAGUCGCUGAAGAGCCGGGACUACUUUGCAGACUUCCUGGUCACGCUGGCGGUGCCGUCGGCGGUGGCUCUCGUUCUCUUCCUGAUCCUGGGGUACUCCAUGUGCUGCCGGCGGGAAGGGGUGGAAAAAAGAAACAUGCAAACAUCAGAUAUCCAGAUGGUCCACCACAGCUCCAUCCAGAAGUCCACCAAGGAGCUGAGGAGCAUGUCUAAGAGCCGGGAGAUCUCCUGGCCGCUGUCCACCCUGCCCGUGUUCAACCCCAUCAGCGGGGAGGUGGUGCCCCCGCUGCACCCCGACAGCUACGAGACCACCAGCAUGCCCCUCAUGCAGACACAGGCGAACCUGCAGAAGCAGAUGACCAUUCCCCAGCAGCAGCCUCCAGGAGAUAAUUAUUGUAUGUCAACGUUUCGGAGAUUGGAGGUAAAUGGUAUUCCUGAGGAGAGGAAGGUGGCAGAAGCACUGAACUUGUGAGCAGAACGUCGGAGCAGCUGUCGUCCGUGUCCCUUUAAACCGGUUUUAUAUGUGCCAACUUGCAUGCCCUUGCUGUCCCCUCAUAACCAACGCCUCAAUCUCCAGCUCCCCUGAUGUGCGGUGUACGACUGAAUCCAGUGUGGGUGUGUGUGUGAGAGAUAUGAAUGAGCAGCUUUACAGCAAAUAACAUUCAAUAGGAUAUUUUGGAAUAUUUUUGUGUAAAUGUUUUAACGACGUACGAUGCAUUUCCCUGAUGUUUGUAUGUUGACCUGCCUGGCCCACUCGGGCUGCGGGCGCGAGCAGGACGGGCGCCUCAUGCAGUAGAUGUUGUGUUGCUGUCGUACGUCAUGUUAAACAAUAAAGAUGUUUUGGACGGA